AUCGUCUGUUCCACCUCCACCGCCCCCCUCCUCCGACCAGCCCAGCCCCUCUAAACCCUCCUCUUCAAUCUGUGUUCUAUUUAAACCUUGGCCACUCAAAUGAGCCCAUUUUUAGGCUGCACUGACCUCUUCAGUAGAAAGCUAAGUGUGUACGGCUCUCACUCCCUGCGGCUUCUUCGCUGAUGCACUCAACGCUUAGAAAUGCGUUGCGUGUUUUUUUUGGUUGAUGAAAGAUGUGCCUAAACCUGAGAGGAGUUUUUGACCAUUGUGGUUGAAAGACAUCCAUUUGUUUUUAUGAUGGUCGGCAGAAUUCACCCACUAGAUGGCUCAUGUACCUUAAGUCUACCCUCGGGAGCAGCCAUGAGCUAAGCCCCCCUCCUGUCCUCCUCUCCCCGGGUGUCCCUUCUAAGGAUGACCGCCAUCUGCCCCUCAGAGAGCAGCCCAGAGGAGGCCGAAGCGGGGGCCGGGGCAACGGGAGCCACAGCAGGAGACAACUCUGUUUCCGGGGUCGACACCGGGGAGUCUAAUGAAGAUUUCGCAGUCGGUUCUGUCGCCGCCACAGCUGGGGUGGCCCAUGGCCAGAGGUACGCACGCUGCAGCACCCAGGACAGCUCCGACAUCAACACCGAUGAUGAAGGGGCCACCGUCCGCCGUCUCACUCCGCUGGAGAGGCUCAACCUGGAUAUGUGCCAGGAUGAUAGGGUGGUCCGGGAAAUUACAGUGGGCAGAAGGAUCAGCUUUUACAAAAUUCGAGGAGAGAUUGGCUGCGGAAAUUUCUCCCAUGUCAAACUUGGAAUACAUGCACUCACCAAAGACAAAGUGGCCAUAAAGAUCCUGGACAAGACCAAGCUGGAUCAAAAGACCCAGCGGCUACUCUCCAGAGAAAUCUCCAGCAUGGAGAAGCUCCAUCACCCCAACAUCAUACGCCUCUAUGAGGUGGUGGAGACGUUGUCACGGUUACACCUAGUGUUGGAGUACGCUGGCGGAGGGGAGCUCUACAGCAAAAUAACCACGGAAGGAAAACUUUCCGACACAGACGGGAAAAUUGUCUUUGCUCAGAUCCUCUCUGCUGUUAAACACAUGCAUGAAAACAACAUCAUCCACCGUGACCUGAAGGCAGAAAAUGUCUUCUACACCAGCAGUUCUUCCAUCAAGGUGGGCGACUUUGGCUUCAGCACCCUGAGCCGCCAUGACGAGACCCUCAACACGUUCUGCGGCUCCCCACCGUACGCUGCUCCCGAGCUCUUCCGCGACGAGAACUAUGUGGGCGUCUUUGUGGACAUCUGGGCGCUAGGAGUGAUGGUGUUCUUCAUGGUGACCGGCACCAUGCCGUUCAGGGCGGACACCGUGGCCAAACUGAAGCGAUGCAUCCUGGACGGGGCCUACAUUCUGCCCUCCUGGCUGCCAGACGCAUGCCAGAAGCUGAUUCGGGGAAUACUCCAACCUUUACCGGCCGACCGCUGCUCUAUAGAGCAGAUGAUGGGCAGCGACUGGCUGCGACAUGUGGACUUCCCGCGGCCCAUGGAGCCCUUUAAGUUGGACCCGUCCCACCUAGCAGAGAACGAUCCAUCUGAGCUGGGGGUGGAGGAGAGGGAAGUAACAGCAGCAUUGGAGAAGCUUGGAAUCACCUCUGAACAUAUCCUAAACAACCAAGGAAAGGACUGCAGGAGCUCCAUCACGGGAGUGUAUAGGAUCCUGCUGCACGGCGCUCACAAGAGACGCACAGUGGCGAGCACGCCGAUGGUCACACAAGCAUCUGGACCAAAAACGGCUAAAAAGGAACGUUUAAAGGUGUACCGUAGUCUACAGCACACAUCCAAACUCUGCGUGAUUCUGUGACUUAACGUUCUACGCUAGAUAUGGAUUUUAUAUAUUGUGUAUCUGAGGCAAGAUUUGAUUUAAUUUAAAAGAAGUGUUUUUCUGUCCAGCAGUAGGCUACGUUGAAAAUCAUGGUACACUAGCUCAUGUAGAAGAUGAAAUCUGCAGUUAUUUUCAUAUCUUACAUUUAGUAAGUACAAUGAGUCUCUGUGAGAAUGCUGCCGGCUGAAUUGUCUCAUCUUUUGAAAGAGACUGAGGUAUGAAAACACGAUGCGUGAUUUCUUAUUAAAACACUUUAUAUAGCUAAAACUGACUAACUAGCACAAGAGAGUCUAAUAAUAGAGCCAACGUAGCAUUGGCAAGCAUCUGAAUAUACAUACUGUAUAUGUAUUGUCUGCAUUGAUAAGCUUUAUUUUUAUCAUCAUCAUCACAUCUCACCUGAUGUCUCUGUGAGAUGUUCCUCAGGUUGACCUGUAUGGAAAAGCCAAUA